UUCAAGUCAAUAAGAUGCUAUAGUUUCAGUCCGAUGUCAGAUAAGGAAAUAUUCAUGGACAGAAUGAGUCUGAAGAGAUUUGUUUCCGUUUGACAAGUGAGGUUUAUCAGCAGAGCCGGGCCCGUGGAUUGAUCGGCGAGGUUUGGUAUCCAAACAUGGGGAGACAAACAUUCCAACAGGUAGGAAAAGCUUUCUGUUGCACUGAAAAUGAUUUUCUGUUAUCAGUGAUAGGAAUGACAAUGGCUCACAUACAUUUCUACAUUUGCCUUCUGAUUCCCUUCUCUUCUAUAAAUGUGUAUACAGUACUGAGUAAUUCUCAGGAGUGUUAUAAAGUAGACGGAAACAAAGAUGGAAUCCUUCCAGGAACCUACGUUGGAAUUGUACAUCUACAAAAUGAAAAAAUUGGAAGCAUAUGGUUUUCAAACGACACGGGGAGUAAAUGUAUUUGCAGAUUCUCCAACAACCAUUUCAUUCAGAAUGUGACUUACUACGGGAUGCAUAUACCUGACAUUCAAAGUUUAUUUGAUACCGGAUGUCAUAUAGUGAAAAAUAACAAAGUGGAAAAAAUUGGAUAUAAUUGUGCGCUCAAUAUAACAGAGAAAAAACAUAUAAAUGAUGUCAAUUGUACAAAUACCGCUAUCGCCUCCUCUCCAUUGUCCACUACCUUUAUAAUUCCUACAGAUCGAUUAGAAACAAGACCGUUGUCGACUUUUACCACUAUUUCACCAAUGAUUAGUGCCUCAGAAGCCAUACCCUCCUCUGGAUCUGGUUCUCCGGAACAGUCGUCAGGCUCUACUGGACACUCCACAGAGUCUGUAGUUAGUACUGUAAGGGGUACAACAACUGUAACUCAUAAACCAGGAACAAAGUCACACGUGUCGUCACUCACUCUACUAACUAUUGCGUCUGUUAGUCUUACAGCUGUUACAACUAAUCCAACUAAACACGGCAGUCCUUAUGGUUUAACGUCAGAGAAGGUCUCACCUUCACCAGAGAAUGUAAAUCCUUCAGCAGGGCUGACCACUGAUCAGCGUUUAGAGAUCACGACUAUAAACAAAACAGAGACAAGUUCUGGCCUAACAUUGGAAAUAAUCAUCCCCCUCGUUCUAGCAGUCGUCCUCCUUUCCUUCAUUAUACUUAUCUUAGUAUGCAUCAGAAAACAGCGGGAAAAGAAACGAAUAUUUAAGUACGAGGUAUCCCCGACACCAAGUCUUCGUCUACAGGAAUCUAAUUCAGAUAAAGAGGAGAUUCUGAAGUAUAACAAUGAGUUUCAUGAGUACGGAACUAAACACAACAUCUUAUAUGAAGGUGAUGAUUAUUGUGAACAUGGUAUUUUUAAUAAAGCCUUUAUUGAGACCCAUCCAGGGGCCAGCAAGAAAAAGGAUGAAAGAGUGUAUGCGCCCACUCUAGAACGUCAUCCAGAAGAACUAGUUCUGGAAGAAGAAGAACCGGGUACCAGUACACAAUAUGUUCUUAGCAAUGACAAGGAGAACAUUGUUCCAACUGAGUAAUUCAAUAAAAAUGUUAAGCCCAU